GCGAGCACGAGGCGCUGUACCGACCGGCCGUUCAGUGAUCGACAGGAACGUGCACAUCACGUACGCGAUCGACGGCACUGCUACGCACGCCGCGUCCAAAAGGGACACGUAUACGGUUCGUCGUCGUUCUCCUUCCGGUCCACCAGUUCUGUACGUCCUGCAGUUCUCUACGUUCCCGAGGCUCCACCGUCCGGUUGACUCCUGCACCACCGGUUCGUGCGCCGAGAUCGCGACCGUACCCUGCGCAGACGGGUGUUGUCCGCGAAACGCAGCUCCCAACCGGCGCACCCGGAAACAACGGGAUGACGCGGACCCACGAACGGCCGUGACCGGGCGAAACCUCCGCUACCUUUCAUCCCCCACCCCGCGACGACGCCGUUCGCGUGACAUAUCGCACCGACCGUGAAAGUGCGUCCGACCAUCCGCUGCUACCGCGACACAGGACGUCCUCGUCACCGAAACAUGCGCCACCGAACCAGCACCACGGUCGCUCGACUUGUGGCCGCUGCCGCGUGCUGCGUACUGGCCGCGGCUUUGCUGACGGCCGCACAACCACCGGCCAUCAACAGCGCCGACCCUAGCACCGAUUCCGCGGCUCGCCAGACGCCCGUCGGAGGACCAAACGUGUGUCGGUCGCGCUUUAGAAACUACUGUUGUCCGGGCUGGACAUUGAAACACGCGACAGGGCUUUGCAUUGUCCCCGUGUGCAACAGGCCGUGCAAUGGCGGUAGGUGUAUCAAGCCGAACAUGUGCCUGUGCGACGAGGGCUCGGUGCGAUCGGCGUGUUUGCCGGACGACCUGCGAGACGCUUACAACAAGGACAACGAUCAACGGCCGGUGCCGCCCGACCGGAUUGAGAGGCUACCGGCGGUCGGCGUCGUGGACGGCGAGAAGAACACAGACGCCGGGAACGACGACAAUGAUGACAGUGACGGGAACAAGGAUAGUGUCGAGAGCGGGGGCCACGGCGGCAGGACUAAGGGUGGCGGGACCGGCGGCCCGAGCACCAGGAUCAGUACGAUUACCCCUUUGGCGACGACUACUCCGCGGAACGUGUGCAAGUACCCGUGUCUGAACGGUGGCACUUGUCUGGGAUCGGUUUGCGCGUGCCGACUGGGCUACAACGGCGAGAACUGCGGUGACCCGAUCUGCCGAGAUGGAUGUUUAAACGGCGGCCGUUGUAUCGGUCCUGACCGAUGUGCAUGCGUAUACGGAUACGCAGGGCGGAGAUGUGAAGCCGAUUACCGAAUCGGUCCGUGCUUCACCAGAGUGAUAAACGACAUGUGCCAAGGCCAACUCGAGGGUGUUGUGUGCACCAAACAACUAUGUUGCGCGACAAUCGGCUUGGCUUGGGGACAUCCGUGCGAACAGUGUUCGUUGAGUUACGACUGCGAUAUAGGUUUCCUCAAGAACCUGCAUUCCAACCAAUGCAUAGAUAUAGACGAAUGCGAGGCAAUACCGGGUAUUUGUAAGGGCGGAGCAUGCGUUAACACCGUGGGAUCUUUUAAGUGCGUGUGUCCCGAGGGUCGAAUACAUAAUCAAGUGACAAACGUGUGCGACGACGAAAACGAAUGCAAAAGAGGUGAUCCAAACAUUUGUCAAGACGGUUAUUGCGUAAAUACCGACAGCUCGUAUUAUUGUAUUUGUAAACAAGGAUUCGUGCCUACGGCGGACCGCAAAGGGUGUAUUGACACUCAGCAAGGUAACUGUUUCACGCGACUCACGUCUAAUGGCGACUGUUCGGAACCGUUGCCGAUAAAACUUUCAAAAAAAGAUUGUUGUUGCGGUAAAGAUAUGGGAAAAGGCUGGGGAAACACUUGCGAACACUGCCCUACGCAGGGAAUAGCCGAGUACGUGAAACUCUGUCUCGGAGGCAUAGCAAAUCAAACAGUACUGAACUUAGUGGACGAAUGCGGGCUGAGACCAGAGAUUUGCGGAGCAGGAGGAAGGUGCAUCGACACGGUGGACGGAUACGCGUGCGAAUGUUUCUCUGGCUUCACUAAAAGCAGACAUGAGGACUCACAAGUGUGUGAAGACAUCAAUGAAUGCUCGCAACAGGGUAUUUGCAAUAACGGUCAGUGCAGUAACACUCCAGGGAGUUUCAUAUGCUCUUGUCCGCCCGGAUACGAUUUGGCUUCGGACGGGAAACGUUGCAUAGACCACAAUGAAUGCGAAAAAAAUGGCAUGUGUGCCAACGGAAAGUGUUUAAAUGUUCAAGGAUCUUUCCAGUGCCGUUGCAAAUCCGGAUUCGUAAUGUCGCAGACCGGUCAUUCUUGUAUAGACGUAGACGAAUGCUACGAGAAUCCAAAAAUCUGCCUCAACGGCAAAUGUCGAAACACCCCGGGUUCGUACAUUUGUGAGUGUCAGCCCGGGUACACGGUGUCGCCGGACGGGACGUUUUGCACGGACACGAACGAGUGCGAGAAGAAACCGGACCUUUGCAGGAACGGCAAGUGCGCGAACACCGAUGGCUCGUACAAAUGCCUCUGCGACUCGGGCUACAGGUUGUCGCCCGACCGACAAAACUGCAUAGACAUCGACGAGUGUUCAAACGCUGGAGGCCCCUGUCAAAACGGCAAAUGCAUAAACACGGCCGGCAGUUACCGGUGCGAGUGUCAAGAAGGAUUUUACCUGGGACUCGACGAUGGACGCACGUGCCUGGAUACCCUGCGCGACAUUUGCUAUGCAAACUACCAGCAGGGCUCGUGCCUACAACCGUUGAACACGCCAGUAACGAAGUCCAGCUGCUGUUGUUCACACGGCGUGGCCGGUCAGACAGCCGGAUGGGGCUCGCCAUGCGCAAAAUGCCCUGCCCCGGACACGGUGGACUUCAAAGCGCUGUGCCCGCAAGGCACGGGGAUGACGUACAACGGCGACGACAUCAACGAGUGCGCCCAGAACCCGGCUGUGUGCUCCAACGGCGCGUGCGAGAACACCAUCGGAAACUAUCGGUGCAUAUGCAAUGCCGGCUACGAGGUGGACGACACGGGAAAAUCGUGCAAGGACAUCAACGAGUGCGAUAUGGACGAUACCAUAUGCAACGGCGGCCAGUGCCGCAACACACCCGGAAGUUUUCAGUGCACCUGUCCCGACGGAACCGUGUUGAAUUCUCAAAGUCAAGCUUGUGAGGAUGUAAACGAGUGCGAUGAACUCGGUCUUAAUGCGUGCGUGGCGGGCCAAUGUAUAAACACUGUCGGUUCUUUCGAGUGCGAAUGUCCUCCGGGCACCAUUUUGGACAGUACCGGGCGAGUGUGUUUAGAUAACCGUCGCGGUUCGUGUUGGACGCGUUUGACCGGUGGUAGAUGCGAGAACAACCUUAUGCAAUUAACCUUGAAAUCGGAUUGCUGUUGUUCAAUCGGGUUGGCAUGGGGUAGUCCGUGCGAGCCUUGUAAACAGGACGAUUGUGGUGGCGAGUGUAACAAAGGAUACGUGUCUGUAGGUAAAAUGUGUCGCGAUAUAAAUGAAUGCGAACUCAGUCCUGGAAUAUGUAGAGGUGGAGGUACUUGCGUGAACACUGAAGGAUCGUUCACUUGCGUUUGUCCUCCUGGGCUUACACUGGACACCACCGGAACGGUUUGCUUGGACGUCCGGGAAGAAAAGUGCUACACGGAUUUCAAACAUGGAGCUGGCGUCAAUCCGUUAGAUGGGCUUUACCCAAAGAGUAUUUGUUGCUGUUCCAACAUAGGGAAAGCUUGGGGAGGAGGCAUUGAAGGAUCUAUUAGCAGGAGUGAACUUUGUCCUCGACGUGGGACUCCGAGUUUUACAGAAUUGUGUCCAAAAGGACCGGGUUUUAUCGAUCGCAAAGACAUCAACGAGUGUAUCGAGUUCCCGGGAAUAUGUAGUAACGGGCGGUGUAAAAACACAAUGGGAGGUUUUACGUGUAAAUGCAGUCAAGGAUAUGCUUUGGACGAAUCUGGAAUCCGUUGUGUUGAUAUCGACGAGUGCAGCAUUAUGCACGGCGUAUGUGGCGACGGAGAGUGUCAAAACGUACCGGGAAGCUUCGUGUGCAAGUGCAAGGAAGGUUACGAGACGUCGCAACUGAUGCAAGUCUGCAUGGAUAUCGACGAGUGCGAGAGGACCCCCGGACUGUGCCGCGGUGGCACGUGCAAAAACACACCAGGCAGCUAUAAAUGCGAAUGCCCCCCCGGCCACGAGCUGUCCGCGGACAAGCAAAGCUGCAAAGACAUAGACGAGUGUUCGAGGACCAGCGGGAUAUGUUCGAACGGCGUUUGCGAGAACAUGAUGGGCACGUACCAAUGCGUGUGCGACGACGGCUACAGGCAAACGGACCAAAAGUUUUAUUGCGAAGACAUCAACGAGUGCGAGACGAAUAACGGUGGUUGUUCGUCUUUGUGCAUAAACGUGCCGGGUAGUUACACGUGUUCUUGCAAGACCGGGUUCAAUCUGUUAGCCGAUAGACGGACGUGCGCGGACGUGGACGAAUGCGAAGAAAACCCUAGGAUUUGUAACGGUGGCCAGUGCAAUAACACGAUAGGCAGUUUUCUGUGCUCUUGUUCCGGAGGCCUGCUCAAAGGAGACGACGGUUCGUCGUGUUUAGAUAUUAACGAAUGUGACGAGAAGGACGUGUGCGGAAACGGUGUCUGUAGUAAUACUAUCGGGUCUUUUACGUGCCGAUGCGAAGAAGGGUAUUCGGCCAAAUUGGAUGCCGGUCCUGCUUGCACCGACGAAGACGAAUGCGAGAUGGGUACCCAUAGGUGCGAUGUGAACGCAGCGUGUAUUAACAAUCCGGGAUCCUACGGGUGUCGGUGUCAAGAUGGUUUUACCGGUAACGGAUACAAUUGUAUGGAUAUCAAUGAAUGUUUGACUAACAACGGAGGAUGUGACCAAAACGCACAGUGUAUAAACGAAGAAGGAUCAUCAAAGUGCAUAUGCGAUGACGGUUUUCGCGGUGACGGUUACACGUGUACGGACAUAGACGAAUGCACUGAAGAUUCGACGCUAUGCGAGAACGGUCACUGUUUGAACUAUCCCGGUUCGUUUAGAUGCGAAUGUGAAAUGGGUUUCAUUAACCCGGAUGACAAAAAUGAAAAAUCUUGUAACGACAUAAACGAAUGUCAAAUGUUCAACAAUCUGUGCGUGUAUGGAAAUUGUGAAAAUAUUUUUGGAACAUUUAGAUGCGAGUGUAAUGAAGGAUACCAAUUAGACAACACGGGAGGAAAUUGCACGGACGUAAAUGAAUGUGAAAGCCCCCAAGCAUGUUUAUACGGCGAGUGUAUAAACAACGAAGGAAAUUACACCUGUAAAUGUCCGCCAAACUAUCAGCUAGUCGCUGCUGGAAACGCAUGUGUUGAUAGAAGAGAAGGGCGUUGCUACAUGGAAGUAGAAGACAGAGGUGGUCAGAGACGCUGCCACCACGAGAUGGGAUCCGCAGUGUCAAAAGCUACAUGUUGUUGUUCCGUGGGCAAAGCUUGGGGUUCCAAGUGCGAAUUGUGUCCGGGAGUGGACACGGAAGAGUACAAGACGUUGUGUCCUGGAGGUACCGGAUACAGACCUAACCCAUCCACCGUGAUUCUCGAAGACCUGAACGAGUGUGAAGAACACGACCACCUGUGCGAGAACGGUCAUUGCACCAACACGUUCGGUAGUUACAUGUGUUCGUGCAACGAGGGUUACCGGCUGGACAACACCAGUACAUUCUGUUAUGACGUGGACGAGUGCAACGAGAGACCGGAUGUCUGCGGUGCAGGGUUUUGCGUCAACGAUGUGGGGACCUAUCAUUGCGUUUGUCCGGAGGGAUAUAUGUUGCUGCCUAACGGAAAGGAGUGCGUGGACAUGCGAAAGGAGAACUGUUUUUUGAACUACACGGACGGCCAGUGUUCGGUGGCCAUGUCAAACAGCCAAACCCGAAUGAUUUGUUGUUGUUCGAUGGGCCAAGCUUGGGGCCUUCCAUGUCAACCUUGCCCGGCGUCCACCACGAAGGAAUACCUGUUGCUGUGCGGAUCGAGACCAGGUUUGAUCAUGAACCCCAUGACCAACCGGACCGAGGAAAUCGACGAGUGUACGCUGAUGCCAAACAUGUGCAACCACGGGACGUGCGUCAACACGCCGGGAAGCUUUCACUGUUCGUGCGACAGCGGUUACGUGUACGACGCUAACUCGCACCAGUGCAUCGGUAAGUGCGAUAAUAUAAUGCAAUACCCUCACGCGGACGGUGCAUUGUUACUGCGACUCGUUUUUUUUUUUCCAGACGACAACGAAUGUUUACGCAUACCACCCCCGUGCCGGGGAAUCGCCCAGUGCGUGAACACCCCCGGGUCUUUCGAAUGCCAGUGUCCGGAAGGAUACAAGCUCGGAACGACCGCCAGAGAGUGUGUGGACAUUGACGAGUGCUACGAACGAGACGGAAUUUGCCGGGACGGCGAGUGCACAAAUCUGGACGGAAGUUUCCAAUGCAUCUGCCACAACGGUUACGCUCUCACGGCUUCCCGCGACACUUGCGUGGACGUUGACGAGUGCAGCCGUCAUCCGAACGUGUGCAACAACGGCACUUGCCUGAAUUCGGUGGGCUCGUUCAAGUGCAACUGCUCCGAUGGAUUCAAACUGAGUCAUAACAACGAUUGCAUUGACGUGGACGAGUGCAGAAUGAUGCCGUUCCUAUGCAGAAACGGUCGGUGUAGAAACACUAUGGGCGCGUUUAGCUGCGAGUGCACUUCCGGGUACACGCUAUCAUCGGAUAACCAGCAUUGCAGAGAUAUCGACGAAUGCACGGAGAUACCCGGUACUUGUCCGCUACCGGGAAGAUGUCAAAACCUGAUGGGAUCGUUUUUGUGCACCUGUCCACCCGGAUAUCGAUUGUCAGCCGCAAAGAACUCGUGUCUCGAUAUUAACGAGUGUCGAGAAAUGCCCGGCAUAUGCGAAGGCGGAACUUGUACGAACACGGACGGUGGCGUGAUAUGUGACUGUCCCGAGGGUUUUGUCCUGAGCUCCACUGGAAUGAAAUGUAUAGACACAAGACAAGACCAUUGUUACGAUUUAUUUUUGUCCGGUAACUGUUUGGCCCCGAGGAAACAGAGGAUUACGGAAAAAGAAUGCUGUUGUUCGUCGGGAGGGGGUUGGGGCAAAGAAUGUACGGCCUGCCCGAAGCCCGGGAGCGACGCGUUCGCGAGAUUGUGCCCGGAAGGCGUGGGUCGCGGCGAUAAAGGCGAAGACCUGAACGAGUGCGAUUUCAUGACGAACCCGUGCGACGGCGGCGAGUGCAUAAACACGGACGGGUCGUAUCGGUGUGAAUGUCCUGCAGGCUACGUUCUGGAUUCGACCGGGAAGAAAUGCGUGGACGAGAACGAGUGCAAGAUCAACGUCAACAUAUGCGGGAACGGGACGUGCGCCAAUCUGCAAGGCGGUUUCGAGUGCAUCUGCGCGGACGGAUUCGCCCCGGGGCCAACCCAAGUCUGCGAGGACGUUAACGAGUGUCUUGAGAUGUCUAAUCAGUGCGCGUUCCGUUGUCACAACGUGCCUGGAUCGUUCAGGUGCAUAUGUCCGUACGGAUACGCUUUGGCUCCUGAUGGUAGACACUGUCAAGACGUGGACGAGUGCGUAACGCCCGCCAACAAUUGCAAGUUCGAGUGCAAAAACCUGAUCGGUUCUUUUGCGUGCAUUUGUCCCGAAGGAUACGCUCAGAUCGGCAGCGACGAGUGCAGGGACAUCAACGAGUGCGCGGAAAAUCCGAAUAUAUGCCAAAACGGAUUUUGCGUCAACUUGUCCGGCACGUAUAAAUGUGACUGUUACGACGGGUUCAAAGCCAGCUACGAUGGCCGACAGUGCAUAGAUUCUAGGGUCGGACUCUGCUACAGACAUUUGCUGAACGGCAGGUGUAUCAAUAACCACGGUAGUGGUGGUGACACGACCAGCGUAACAGCUUAUAGAGCCGUGACGAAAGCCGACUGUUGUUGUUCUAUGGCCGCGGCCUGGGGACCUCAGUGUCAACCGUGUCCGUCGCCGUCUUCGGACUCAUUCAGACAGCUUUGUUUGGAAUCUGGUUACACGAUCGACGGUCAAGACAUAAAUGAAUGCGAGACGUUACCGGACCUGUGCACCAACGGGAGGUGCAUAAACACGCUAGGGUCAUACAGGUGCAGUUGCAACAAGGCGUACAAAAUCGAUCGCACCGGAACGCAUUGCAACGACGUCAACGAAUGCCUGACCAACCCGCCGCCGUGCGAGAUGUCCUGUCAAAAUCUGGAGGGCGGCUUUGCGUGCGGAUGUCCCCCCGGGUUCCUGUUGAACGCCGACAACAGCACUUGCCGGGACCUGGAUGAAUGUUCCACCGGUCAACACAUCUGUCAGCAGCUGUGCAUCAACACGCACGGGUCGUACAAGUGCGGAUGCCAACCGGGUUACCGUCAAUCCGGCGACCACUGUUUAGACAUCGACGAGUGUCGGUUGGACCCGAACGUGUGUCACGCACCGAGUAGUUGCGUCAACACGUUGGGAAGUUUCCGGUGCGCGUGCCCAAGGCACUACAAACUCGAUAGCACAGGUACGCGUUGCGUGGACCCCAAGCAACAGUCCAAAAACCACCAGUUCGAUUGCAUCGGUCCCGAUUGCGACAACAUCAACAACAACAACAACAACAACAACAACAACGGGUGUCAUGACCGUCAGAACGGGCAAAACGGUACUUCGGGCACCGGCAACUGCGGCUGUCCCAAGGGUUUCCGGAAGUUGGGCAACCGCGGCGAAUGCGUGGACGUCAACGAGUGCCUGGAAUCGCCGUGCGACCCCAACCUGAACUGCAUCAACACGCCCGGCGGCUACCAAUGCGUGUGCUCCAACGGACAGAUCUACGAUCCCGCGGCGUUGGGUUGCGGUGCUGGUGACGGCAGACCGGGUUCGACCGCGUCACGGCACGGAGGCGGUGGCGGAGACGUCAGCGGCAGAGGAUGUUAUGGCAGUCCGUGCGCGUUCGGUUGCACUCCACUCGGACACAGUGGAUUCUCAUGCGGAUGUCCGGCGGGCUACCAGAGGAUCGGACAGGGUCACUGCCUGUCCACGAUAAGUCCGAUCACCAACGGUCCGAACGUGCACUCACCGCCGGAUCUCGGCGACAUACCAACGUUCGCUAUCGAACCGGAGCUGUACCCCAAGGGCGCGGGCGGCAAGAUCAUAUCGACCGAAGGAUGUUUCUCGUGCAAGAUAAACGGCGACGGCAGGUUCCGGCACAGGAGGACAGCGAACGUUUCAUCGGAAGUCAUGGGGUUCAAUGACGACUUUGACGGACGGUGGCAAGACAAUCCAACGCAUCGCCGAACGGCGAAACACAAGCACAGACACCGGCGGGAAGAUGGAGCGUACAAAACGAUCAGAAUGAAGAUUUCGGACGCCGUACGGAACACUCGCAUUUUGAAACUGUUGCCGGCAGUUAAGGACAAUUACAAUUACUUUGUGGUUCCGUCGAGUGACGCGACCAACAAGUUCAAGAUCAAACGCAACUCGAAAGGCAUUUGGGGCUUGCACUUCCGCCGGAAUGCCAGGAAACCGGGAAAGUAUCACCUGGCCAUCGAUGGGCAGCGUACCGCGGUCGACGGACACACGGAGCGCCGGAAACCACCGAUUUUGCACGUCAAACUGAUCGUGUCCGGCAACUGAACCCCGGGCUCGUUUCUCCGCAAAAAAAAAAAAAAAACAAAAAAAAAAAAAAA